AUGGUGCGUGUCUUCCAGUCUCUUCUUCUCCUGGCGGCUAGCCUCUCAACCACCCUUGCCGCCGACGACUCCACCACCGUCGUUCAAAUUCUCAACGGUCACUACAACACCCUCGCGUUUGACGAGCUGCGAGGCAGUGUCGUGGGAGGCGAUGCCCAAGCGACCACCUACGCUGUGAACUGCAAGGAGGGCUCUUCUUCGUGCCCUCUCACCAAGCCGAUCACCAUCACCCAAGGUCCUUCCACCUUCACCAUGAGCGCGAUUUACACCAUGACCACCAUGGGUGCCAAGGGUACUGGGACGAUUGUCCAAGACUGCGAUAUUACCUCGUCGACUGCCACUGCUGUUUGCUCCGUUUCGGUCGGUGCCAAAGUCGAAUACAAAGGCCAGUCCACUUCUACUUCGUUCGCUACCACGGCCACGGCCACUGGCUCUGCUGAAGUCCUCUAUGAGCCCCUGACCGUCACGGCCGGUCUGGGCAAUUUCAACAAGGCCGGCCCCACUGGCGCGGCUGCGACUGGAGCCGCUGCGGACAACAACCCAGCUCUUGCUCGCGACACUCCGCAGUCCGUCCUUAAUUUGAACUGCAAGAUGAUGGUUGACUCAACCAAACUUCUAGCAGACGAUGCGGUUGAGCUGCCCGAUCUUGCCCCGACACGGAAACGACAUGGCACUUGGGCCUCCACCAAAAGCUGGUACUCCCGAACGGUUCUUCGCUCGGGAAAAGGAUACAAUCGAUUGCCAGUCAAGGCUCAGGAUCCGAACCAUUUUCAUGGAUGGCGAUUCGGGGCGUUGGCUUCGUGCAUUCUGGUUGGGAUAUGCCUGGGCCUCAACGUCGCGGCGACCAUCUAUGUUCGGGUGACGUACCCUCCCAGCAGCGACAAUCUAGGAAUCAUGCAGGAGAACGAUUGCAACCAUAUCCAUAGCGUAGAUAGCAGGCUACACUACGCCCUCAAUGUGAUUGCGACCGUGCUAGUUAGUGCCAGCAACUACAAUAUGCAAUGUUUGACGGCUCCGACGCGAGACGAGGUGGAUCAAGCCCACGCCCGGCGCAGAUGGCUGGAUAUCGGCGUCCAUUCAAUGCGCAAUCUUUCUUUUGUUAAAAGGGCCAAGUUGGGGUUAUGGUUGGCUCUCUUAGUGAGCACUCUCCCAUUGCACCUUCUGUGGAACUCGGCAGUAGUGAUGACAACUACUUUCAACGACUACAGCGGACUCGUUGUCACUCAGGACUUUUUGGAAGGCCACACUGACAUUGGACUGGAUUGCACCAGUCCGGCGAUGGAAGAAUACCGGAACUCCAACCUUUCCAGCUAUGUCACUUGCUGGUUGUUUGAUCAAGCCCGGAACAACCGCAGCAGCCUGACGCAAAUGGAUCCCACUCGUUGCAUUUCCACCUAUCAAGCCGGUUUAGAGGGACGGUCGUUCAAUAUGCUCGCGGUUACCAAGCAGAGCGAUGCGUUGAAUCAAUCGAAAACAUUUCCGCCUCCGAGAAAUACGACUCUGCCGGUGCUGGCGUAUUUCCAUCCUCUGGACUAUCCGGAUCAGAUUGAACAAUGGUGUAGCGGAAUGUGCCAACGAUGGGGGAAAGGCAAUAAUAGCACGAAGUUCUGCUUUGACGAGAACUGGGAUGAAGCAUCGGUUCCAUUUGCUUGUCAGGAGCAUAAGGUGAACGGGACGGAUUGGGAGCCCAACGCGCUGUCGCAAACGAGCUCUUGGAUGUGCCACCCGGACGCUAUUUUAUAUGGUCAAUGCAGCGGCUCCGCGGCGACGACGAAUGCCACGAAAUGGACCAUCCUACCAGAGCAUUAUGAGAUCGAUCAUUGUCUGGUCACAGACGCCAACCAUACCUGCCAGCUACUGUACAGUCCGAUUAUCUUAUACAUUGCGAUUGCAUGCAAUGCCAUGAAGUUCAGUUCCAUUCUUCUAUGUCUUCUUGUCUCCCGCGAACCGACUCUUGCCACUAUCGGCGAUGCAUUAGACUCUUUCUUAAGGUCCCCGGAUAUGGUUUCCAAGGGGCAAUGCCUCCUUUCCAAAAUGGACGACACGAUCUUCACUGACCCAGAUGACAUUGGUUCUGCACCGGCACAACGUUGGCAGCAUGGCGAAGGCCUCGUUUUUCUCUUUAAGGGCAUCAACCUCGUCGGGGCGCAGAACGCUUUCACCAUGGGGUUUGGUGCUCUUAGCCUAAAUGCCAUCGUCAGCACGUCCGGUUACCGAGGAGGCACGGCCGCGUCCAUUGUGACCACAUCGAUCGUGGCGAACCUCCCACAGCUGCUCCUGUCUGGACUGUACUUUAUGUACAACGCUGUGCUCACGGGCAUGGCAUCCGCCUAUGAGUGGAGUAUGUUUGCCUACCAGCAAACCACGCUUCGAGUGACCCUUCCGUGGGGCGCCCAGAGAGAAACAUAUUGGUUACAGCUUCCGUGGAGAUACUCGCUACCACUCCUCGCCUGUAGUACCAUUAUACAUUGGCUGAUCUCGCAAUCAAUCUUUCUCAUCAAUCUGAAAAUUUACCAACCGAACAACGAGCUCUUGACACGGCCCAACACCCACUUCCCUAGUGCAAGUGACAGCGGCGUGAUCACGGCCUGCGGAUACAGCCCACUCGCCAUCAUCACGGCGCUCGCCGUGGCCAUUCUUAUGUUUGCCGUACUCACCACAGUGAGCACCUUCAAGCUGAAGCCGGACAUCCCCGUGGUCGGGAGUUGCAGUGUAGCCAUAAGCGCUGCGUGCCAUCCCCCCGAAGAGGAUUCCGAUGCUGCAGGUAAGCCUCUGUCCUGGGGUGCGGUGCGACACCAGGAGGGCGAUCGGCCGGGUCAUUGCUGUUUGACUUCGCAGGCCGUAGAGAAGCCACGAUAUGGCGAAUUGUAUGCGGGAUAG